CUCAGGAACGACACCUCGAUCCACUCACUCCCGGCGUCGACGGCGGCAACUUGUAGGACAGACUGAGUCAAUUGCAUUCGAGGCGCGGUUACACUCCCCUCCUUUGCAACACUGCGAACACGGAGAGUUUCGUCAAUCAGUGGAAGGUAAGGUGGUCUCCAAGAUUCAUCUUCCUCCUUUCUCUUAUAUCUACCUCCGUACUCAGUCGUUCAUCUAUUCUAAUCUGCCUCUUGCUCAGAUCUAACCAUUAUGGCGGGCUCCGAUCUUGUUGACCAUUCCCCCCACCAUCCGACCCAAGCUGCCAAACUUACCACAGCGUCGAAUGUCAUCCUUAUUGAUAACUAUGACUCCUUCACUUGGAAUGUCUACCAGUACCUGGUCCUCGAAGGCGCGACUGUGAAUGUCUACCGCAACGAUCAGAUCACCAUCGACGAACUGAUCGCCAAAAAUCCGACGCAACUCGUGAUUAGCCCCGGUCCUGGCCACCCAGAGACGGAUGCCGGUAUCAGCACUGCCGCAAUCAAGCACUUCAGCGGCAAGAUCCCUAUCUUUGGAGUGUGUAUGGGUCAGCAAUGUAUGAUUACUUGCUUCGGAGGAAAGGUCGACGUCACCGGCGAGAUCUUGCAUGGCAAAACAUCCCCUCUGAAGCACGAUGGCAAAGGCUGCUAUGAAGGUCUCCCCGCUAAGGUCGAUGUCACCCGUUAUCACUCUCUGGCUGGAACCCACUCGACUAUUCCCGACUGCUUGGAAGUUUCCUCCUACGUGCACCUGGCCAAUGACAACGCCAACGACAAAACCAUUAUCAUGGGUGUGCGCCACAAGCAGUUGGCCAUCGAGGGCGUCCAGUUCCACCCUGAGAGUAUUCUUACAGAGCAUGGGCGGACUAUGUUUAGAAACUUUCUGAAGCUUACGGCUGGCACCUGGGAAGGGAACGGAAAGCACUUCGGCGAGCAGAAGACUGUCGUUUCUGCUGCGCCCCCAACUGCCGCCCCGAAGACUGAUAAGAAGAGAUCUAUCCUUGACAAGAUUUAUGACCACCGCAAAGCUGCUGUGGCUGUGCAGAAGACCAUCCCAUCGCAGCGACCAGCAGACUUACAAGCUGCUUAUGAUCUCAACCUUGCACCUCCUCAAAUCUCCUUCCCUGAUCGCUUGAGAAAAUCUCCCUAUCCUUUGUCCCUCAUGGCUGAGAUCAAGCGAGCUUCGCCUUCGAAAGGUAUGAUCGCUGAGCAUGCAUGUGCGCCAGCUCAGGCUCGGCAAUAUGCGAAGGCCGGAGCCAGUGUUAUUUCUGUCCUGACUGAGCCUGAAUGGUUUAAGGGGAGCAUUGAUGACCUGCGGGCCGUUCGUCAAAGCCUCGAGGGCUUUACUAACAGGCCUGCUAUCCUUCGGAAAGAGUUCGUCUUUGACGAAUACCAGAUUUUGGAAGCGCGCCUGGCUGGUGCCGACACAGUGCUGCUCAUUGUGAAGAUGCUUAGCACCGAGCUUCUCACACGACUGUAUAACUAUUCGCGCAGUCUUGGGAUGGAACCACUGGUUGAAGUCAACACCCCAGAAGAGAUGAAGAUUGCAGUUGAUCUAGGAGCACAGGUCAUCGGCGUCAACAACCGUGACCUGACUAGCUUUGAGGUUGAUCUUGGAACCACGAGUCGUCUCAUGGACCAAGUUCCGUCAAGCACGAUUGUUUGCGCACUGAGUGGAAUCUCAGGGCCCAAAGAUGUGGAAGCCUACAAGAAAGAAGGCGUCAAGGCCAUCUUGGUCGGUGAAGCUUUGAUGCGAGCGGCGAACACGUCCGCAUUCGUUGCAGAGUUGCUCGGUGGAAAUGCUGAAAGUGUUGCCACGAAGGCUCAGAGCUCCCUUCUCGUGAAGAUCUGUGGCACGCGAACUGAGGAAGCAGCUAGGGCCGCCAUUGAAGCUGGUGCCGAUCUGAUUGGUAUUAUCAUGGUACAAGGACGGAAACGCCUUGUUCCGGAUGAUGUCGCACUGAGAAUAGCACAGGUCGUCAAAACCACACCUAAGCCCAUCAGCCAAGCCAAUCAAAUGCCUGAUGCAGCCGCUGUGGAUUACUUUGAUCAUUCCACUUCGAUUCUGCGUCAUCCCACCCGGGCUUUGCUCGUCGGAGUAUUCCAAAACCAGCCAUUAGAGUACAUCUUGUCUCAGCAACAGAAGCUCGGACUCGACGUUGUUCAGUUGCAUGGUUCUGAGUCGCUUGAGUGGGCUAGGUCGAUUCCAGUCCCUGUCAUUCGCAAGUUCGGUCUUGAUGAGCCGGCGAUUGCUAGGAGAUCUUACCAUACUUUGCCUUUACUUGACUCUGGCGCUGGAGGUUCAGGCGAGCUGUUGGAUCAAUCCCAUGUCGAGCGGGUCUUGGAGAGCGACAGCGGCUUACGUGUCAUUCUUGCUGGAGGUCUGGAUCCCACAAAUGUCGUUCAGACGAUUGAGAAACUCGGCCCGUCCAGCGCGAAGGUGGUGGGAGUGGAUGUCAGCUCCGGUGUUGAGUCAGAUGGUGUACAAGAUCUAGAAAAGAUCCGCGCCUUUGUGAAGGCUGUCAAGGGCUUGCACAGGUGACCUAGUGUCUGCUAUCAGCAGGUACAUCCUUCUCUGAGUUAAUCCAUCAAGCACAUCGGUCUCGUUGCUUGUUUUCAGGGC